UAGAUUUCGAGAGGAUAAACUUUUAAAAUGUUAUGUGUGCAGGAAGAUUAGAAUUUUGUAUCACAAAUGAUAUUUCAUUCAUGUCGUCUUCAAACGUCGGUAAAGCGAAAAUACCGUCCGUGUUAGUUAAAGGUCACUGUGAACGAGUUAAUUGGAGGUAAACUUGUGUUCAGUGAAAGAGAUCUGUGCUUGUUGACAUAUUUGGAAAUUUGAAGUUCUCGAAGACAAAAGUUAAGGUCAACAUGGAUCUUGCUUUGCAAAUAUGGAAUGUUUCUGUACCAAAUCUACUUCAAGCUGGAACAAUUUUACAUAAAUGGGAUGAGGAAGCUGGUGGUGUACAUGAGUGUCACUUUAAUGUGGAUAAAUAUGGAUUUUUCCUAUCUUAUCGUGAGCCAGAAAAGGAACCGUGCUGUGUAGAUUUGGGAAGUGUUACGGAUGUGAAACUUGGCGGUGUUUUGCCAAAGGGUGUCAAGCGCUUUGUGGAUUACGAAAGAUCUUUCAAUGUUGAUGGAAAUCCAAGAGCAGUUUGGAGUGUAGGACCAGAGCCUAUUAAGGACAGAGUCUUUACGAUUGUUACGACGCAAAAUCUCGUUGAAACAACGUGUAUUUAUCGUUCAAGCUCAUCAAGAGUCGCCAGGGAAUGGAUCGAAGGAUUACAACAGUUGAGCAAUUCUGUUAAAGCUACCAAUUUAAGUAUAAUGACUAUGCUCUUAAAACUGUACACCAAAGUGACGUUACUGAAAGUCAAUGGCAAGAUACCUGUGAAGAGUAUUUGCAAGUGCUUCAACUGCGGUAGAAUUUAUGAGAAACGUAUGGAUGGUUUAUAGGCAAUGGAUCUCCACAUAAAAAGUCAAGAAAUCGACCAAGAUCAUUUUACGUUCGACACGUUUUAUCAGUUGUACUUAAAAGUUUCUCGUCAUGAUUUUGAUCAAAUUUUUACAAAAUGGCAGGCUGGAAAAGCGCCAUAUGUUACUGUGGCAAGGUUAAAAGAAUUUAUUAAUACAGAGCAACGAGAUCCAAGUGCUAACGAAAUCUUACAUCCACCCUGUACAAUUGAGAAAGCUUACAAUCUGAUUUGUCAUUACGAAAAAUGUAAAGAAAUGGUUAAUAAAGGAAGAAUGAGUGCAGAUGGUCUUUAUCGAUUUUUAAUGUCUGAUGACAAUUUAUGUGUUACAUCAGAAAUGUUUGAUGUCCAUCAAGAUAUGAACCAACCAAUCUGUCAUUACUUUGUUCAUUCAUCACACAACACUUAUCUCACAGGAAGGCAAAUUGGUGGAAAAUCAUCUGUAGACAUGUAUCGUCAAUGUUUACUUACUGGUUCUCGGUGCAUCGAGUUAGAUUGCUGGGAUGGACCUGGCGAUGAACCUAUUAUCACCCAUGGUAAAGCUAUGUGUACUAACAUACUAUUUAAGGAUGUUAUCAAUGCGAUCAAAGAAACUGCGUUUGUAACAUCGGAUUAUCCUGUGUUGUUGUCAUUUGAAAAUCAUUGUAGUAAAUACCAACAAUACAAGAUGGCUUGUUAUUGCACUGAAACGUUUGGUGAUCUUCUGUUAUCUUGGCCUUUGGAAUCUCAUCCACUGGAAGAAAAUCAAAAGUUACCGUCGCCUAAUCAACUCAAAAGAAAAAUUUUAAUAAAGAACAAGAAAAUAAGACCUGGUCAAGAAUCAAAUUAUGACAGCGACAGUCUUGUCUCUUCAGACAGUCGCAAAUCAAGUGAUGUUCGUGGUGAUGACAUCAGGAAUCUCCGUCAUCGGAUGUCGAGACUUACCGAAGAUUUUGAUGGCGAAGAAGCUGCAUCUAGGGAACAAAAUGAGGAAGACGCUGGUUUGGUUAAUAUUUUAAAUAACGAAAGAACAUUUCGGUCUUCUAUCACCUCCGAAAACCAGAUUAGAUCUGACACACGAAGAGAAAAUUUCAGGAAGAAGGGAAAGCGAUCUUUUGAAAAAUAUGACAGCUCACUGAACGAGUGUAUCGAAGAGGAGGACAUCAAUAUGAAUGGGACAACAAACGUAACCAGUUCUGAUUCUUUUGACGAAAUCAUUCCAGGGGAUAGCGACACGGAUUCGAGUGAUGAUAAAAACGACCAGGAUUGUAUACGUGUGUCAAAUAUUUAUUUCGAAAACAAUGAAGUGUUGUAUCCAACAUUGAGUAAAUCAGGGAAAAAGACUAGCUUUACUCCAGAAAUGGAAUUCCUUCAAGGAAGGAACAACUCGGUAGCUAGCUCUGACUCCACAACAUCUGACGAUGAACAUGAUUUUAGACGAAGUGAAAGUUUUGCGUCUUUUGGUAGUUCAAUAAAACUUGUUCAACAAAGACAGAAUUCUCAAAGUAGUAUCAGUCAGGAUGAAGUAGUAGAAUAUUUGAACAACUAUCAUUAUUCCACGUCAUUUGGUAAUAUACAUCCUAGCCUCUCGUCUUUGGUAAACUACUUACAACCAAUACCAUUUCCUGGAUUUGAGAAAUCUGAAGAAGCAAAGCUUCAUUAUCUUAUGUCGUCUUUUAACGAAGUAGCAGCAUUCACCCUUCUUAAAGGAAAUCCUGUUGAAUUUGUCAAUUAUAAUCGUCGACAAUUGUCUCGAAUUUACCCUAAAGGAGCCCGUGUUGAUUCAAGCAACUAUAUGCCACAGGUUUUCUGGAAUGCAGGUUGUCAAAUGGUGUCGUUGAAUUUACAAACUACUGAUCUUGCAUUUCAGUUGAAUGCAGGGAAAUUUGUAGACAACGGAAGAUGUGGAUACUUAUUGAAACCGUCAGUAAUGAGGAAAAAUGAUAAAAGUUUUGAUCCGUUCACGGAAUUGCCAGUUGAUGGAGUGGUCGCAACUUGCAUCGGCAUUAAGGUAAUAUCGGGACAGUUUUUGUCAGAUAAACGAGUUGGGACUUACGUAGAAGUUGAUUUGUACGGUCUACCUACUGAUACCGUUCGCAAAAGAUUUAAAACAAAAAUUGUCAAUAGUAACGGAAUGAAUCCUAUAUAUGAUGGCGAGGAAUUUCUUUUUAAACGGAUUGUUCUCCCAGAGCUUGCUUUACUUCGAUUUACUGUACUUGACGACAGCGAUCGUGUGCUUGGACAGCGAGUGAUUCCCGUUAGCUCAAUUCAAGCAGGAUAUCGACAUAUCCCCUUAUGGACUGAAGGAUGCAGACCUUUACCUUUAUCUUCGCUCUUUUGUUACGUCUCUCACAAUGUUUACGUCUUUGAAGGAUUCUCAGAUGUUGUUGAUGAACUGUCUCACCCAAUCAAGCAUCAAUCUGCAGUUGAGAAAAGAGCUGAGCAAAUAUGUCGAAUAUUUGACUUUGAAGAGGAUUAUGAUGAAGUAGACAUGAUUCCUGCGACAAAUCAUAAAUCUCCCAGGGGCUCGUACGCCUCCCUACCUUUGGUUACUUUUCCUUCAAACAACCGACGAGAAUCGACCGUUACCCUUAGCCUUUCAUCGUCAGCGUCCAGUUUGCAAUUCAAUACAUUAUUUUCGGACAGAUUACCCACAAAACAAGAACGAAAACUAGAGCACAUUGACAUCGAUGAUUUAAAAAAAGACAAGGUUUAUUUGAAAUUGGUAAAGAAACAUCAAAAAGAGUCGGAUACAUUGACAAAGAGAUUUGUGAAGGAAAGGUCAGCCUUAAAUAAGCUGCACACUGCUGCGUUGGAAAAACUUGUUGCUAACGCUCAAAAGAAUAAAGAAAAUGAAAAGAAAACAUUUGAACGUGGAAAAAAGAAAUGCAGUGGCCUUGAUUUGGUUCAACUGCAAAAUGUUCACAAUGAAAAGAUAGCUUAUUUGAAUACAGUUCAACAACAACAGGCAAAAACUGUGAUAACUCAGCAAGAUGAUGAUUGGUCCAAUCUUAUCUCACAACAAGUUACAGAAGAACUCAAUCUAUACGAUAUACACGCGCCUCAAAAAUUAGCAUUACUAUCAAAGUUAUUGGAUGGUGUGCACGAAAGUCACGUUAAAGAUAUCGAGACUCGCCAAGAGCGUGAAUGCGUAGAGUUACGUAAAAAUCAGGUGAAGCAAUCAGUGGAAACGAAGAAUACUAGUCGACAAAUUAAAUGCAAAGAAGAAAAAGAAAGGAUGCUACGUGAGCUGGACAGGAUCAAUAUUAAGGAUUUCAUUGAAGAAAGACAACAGCUGGAGAGCAGACAUCUUAAAGAAAUGGAAGAAUUGAGGAGUUUUCAAAAGAAAGAGAAAGAACAACUGGAAUUGAACUUUCAAAAGGAAGUCAAAGAUCAUAAAGACAAAAUAAAGUUAGGUGCGGAGGCUUUUAGGAAACCGUUCCUGUUCAAUUAAAAAAUCAAUUUUUCUUUAAGAAAACACCAAUGCUGUUUCUUGGGAAAUUUCUGUGGAGAAAACCCCUUAAUCUGUUGACGUUAAUUGUAUUCUUUUGUUUCAAGAAAGUUUGAAAAUUAUUCCAUGGAAAAAAUUCGUCAUACAGUCAACGAAAAUUUUCCGCUCCAACGACUAAAGUCUUAUCAAUACAUCCCUAGCGGAACUGUAUUUAAUGUAUACUUGAUAUUUUCUUGAGCGAAUUUCAUAAAAUGUUCCUACCUGUUCAUUGGUCUAUGAUUGUGCAUCGUAUGUACGUUCUAUAUUGGUAAAGGUAACUAUGUUAUGUGCACACAAUCCUGUAAAUGCAGGCAUUUUAAUUUAAUAUUUAUUGUAAAAGAGAAUUUUAAAUUAUUACAUACAUCAAGCAUAAAA